AUGACUGACAAGGGAAAGCCCCAUCUGAACAUUGUCAUCAUUGGCCAUGUAGACUCUGGGAAGUCCACCACCACUGGUCAUCUCAUCUACAAGUGUGGCGGGUUUGAUCCCAGAUCUCUGGAGAAGCUGGAAGCGGCUGCUGGCCAGAUCGGCAAGAGCUCGUUCAAGUUUGCAUGGAUCCUGGAUAAGCUGAAGGUGGAGAGGGAACGUGGAAUCACCAUUGACAUCUCCCUUUGGAAAUUCCAAACAAACAGAUAUACUAUCACCAUCAUUGAUGCUCCUGGACACAGGGACUUCAUUAAAAAUAUGAUCACCGGCACAUCCCAGGCUGACGUGGCUGUGUUGGUGGUGUCUGCUGCCACAGGUGAGUUUGAAGCUGGAGUUUCCAGGAAUGGGCAAACCAGAGAACAUGCUUUGUUGGCCUACACCAUGGGUGUUAAACAGCUAAUUGUCUGCGUGAACAAGAUGGACAUGACCGACCCACCAUACAGCCAAAAGAGGUUUGAUGAAGUGGUCAAGAAUGUGACAGUCUACCUCAAGAAGAUUGGCUACAACACCACCACCAUUCCAUUUAUCCCUGUGUCUGGGUGGACUGGAGAGAACAUAUCUUCUCCCAGUCAGAAGAUGGGUUGGUUUAAAGGCCAAUCUCUGCUUGAGGUCCUUGACUGCCUUGUUCCUCCAGUGCGUCCAGCCAACAAGCCACUUCGCUUACCCCUACAGGAUGUUUAUAAAAUAGGAGGCAUUGGUACUGUUCCUGUGGGUAAAAUAGAGACUGGGAUCCUGAAGCCAGGGAUGACCAUCUCAUUUGCACCCUCAAACUUCACUGCAGAAGUGAAAUCUAUAGAGAUGCACCAUCAGCCUCUGGAGACGGCUUUUCCCGGGUACAACAUUGGAUUUAAUGUGAAGAAUGUUGCUGUGAAGAGUCUGAAACGUGGAAAUGUUGCUGGGAACUCGAAGAGUGACCCACCAACUGAGGCCACCAGCUUCAUAGCACAGGUGAUCAUUCUCAACCAUCCUGGUCUUAUUAAAGCUGGAUACUCCCCAGUCAUAGACUGCCACACAGCCCACACAACCUGCCAGUUCUCAGAGUUGCAGGAGAAGAUUGACCGCAGAUCAGGCAAAAAACUGGAAGAUAACCCAGCAGUGCUGAAAUCAGGAGAUGCUGCCAUUGUGAAGCUGAAGCCCAUCAAACCAUUCUGUGUGGAGAGAUUUUAUGACUAUCCUCCCCUAGGGAGAUUUGCAGCGCGGGACUUGAAGCAAACUGUUGCUGUAGGUGUUGUGAAAUCUGUGGAGAGGAAGGCGAGCAGUCUGGCCAGAAGACAGGCCCAGAAACCCAUCCUGGUCAACUGA